AUGGCAUCCGGUGACGAUGAAAACUAUGAAGAAAACUCAUCUGACUUCUUUUCGGAUGAGUUGUAUUCGCCCGAUAGUGAACGUGAUUUAUAUGCUGUAUUGCAUAUCAAUAAAGAUGCUGAUGUGACAACAAUUCAACAGGCUUAUCGUCGAUUGACACUUCUCUAUCAUCCGGACAAACACACCGAUCCCCGAAACAAGCAAUUAGCGAUGGAUCUUUUCAUUCAAGUAAAGAAAGCAUAUGAUGUUCUGAAUGAUCCACAGAAACGAGCCAUCUACGAUGUUGUUGGGAUGAAAGGCUUGAAAGCUGAAGGCUGGGAGGUGGUCAGUCGAACAAAAACAGCUCGUGAGAUUCUUGAAGAAUACGAACGAUUAGCCAAGGAACGUGAAGAACGGCGGUUCAAUCAAAUAACUAAUCCCAAUGGUUCUGUACAUAUGACAGUAAACUUAACGGAUGUUUUCGAUCAAAUGAAUUCAUCUGAUGAAGAUAGUGAAUUUUCACCUGUUAUUGAAAUGACAGAGUUUACCGUUGCACAAGGAAUUGAUAUACCAUUAACCAGUCAAGAUACAGCAAAUAUCACUGCUGUAGUAUCCACACGCAACGGACGUGGUACAGGAUCAUUUACAACAUCAUUUCGACGUGUACUUGCUGAUCUAUCUUGGUUCCGAAUUGAUUUAAAUUUUGGCCACAAUAAUCUGGCUGCUUUUCGGUAUUUUCGUCGUUUAACACAAAAACUUCACGCAAAUAUGGCUGCCACAAUCGGUCUGGCCGAUGGUGGUUCUGCUAUAAUCACACCCGGAUUCAUAUUUUCCAUUACGUAUCAAUUGAGCCAUCAUUUAACAAGCAGUCUCGAAUGGAAAACAGGCGCCGAUUCGUUUAUGAAAGGCGGUCUUCAUUAUGAUAAUCAAAAGCUUGCAGUUUCCGGUGCUGUUCAACUCGGACUUGUUAAUACUUUUGGCGCUAUUGAUAGUGUAUAUCGAGUGCCUAAUGUUUGUAAUUUGCGGUGUAGUCUCAAACUAUUCGUUUUUGGACCAUGGAUAGAAUAUGGAAUUGAUCGUCAAUUGACGAAAUACACUCAUGGUUCGGCAACGGUUGCCAUCAGCUCCCGAAUGGGUGUACUACUGAGAUUAAAAUUCAUGCGUGGCAGUCAAGCGUUCACUUUUCCACUCCAGCUCUCCACCGAUAUUAUCCCAAGCGCAGUAUUCUAUGCAACAGCGGCACCAGUGUUAGCUUAUUUCAUACUUGACCGUCUUAUUAUUCGACCAUUUACUCGAUCGGAAGAGGAACGAGAGCAGAAAAAACGAGAAAAUGAAGCACGGGAAAAACAAACCGAACGACGACGAGAAGCAAUGAACGCACAAGAAGUUUUGCGGUCAUUAGUAGAGCAAAUCAAAGAUAGAGAAGGCUCACAAGGCUUAAUCAUUUUGGAAGCACGCUACGGUCAACUAUCGUCCUCAUCACCGACGGCACACGAAAACUCGAUAAAAAUCAUUGAUGUGACUGUUCCAUUACAAGCUCUUGUAAAAGAUUCUAGUCUUAAAAUCGGAACGACCGUAUCGAAAUCGAAUCUAACCGGUUUCUACGAUCCGUGUAUCGGUGAAGAAAAGUCUCUGUUCAUUAAAUAUUCGUUUGGAUCACAAAUACAUACGGUGCUCUACAAAGAUGUCGAUCCUAUUGUCUUACCUAAUCGAGGUAAUAAGAGCACUGACUUGCUUCUAUGA